UCUUCAUGGUCUUGCAGCUCAGAAAGUGUCAUGGUCAUGUUCCUUAGUUGGUGCUCCGCGAGCUCCACACCGUUCUUCUUUCUUGUACUGUCAAUAGUGUGCAGGCUGAAUUUACAGGUCAGGGACAAGGCCGAACUCGUGCUGUGCCAGUAGAUAUUAUUGUGGCCAAUUUCAGUGACCUUGUUUUCUGCACUAGCCAUUGAGGUGUUCGUUCGAUCAAGCGCCGUUGUACAGUCGACAUGCAUUUGCAUUUGGUCAGCUUGGGCAGAAGUUUACGUCCGCUGCGUCAGACCCUGUACAGGGGCGUCACUCGGUACUCUAGGUCCCUGUCGUCACCUGGUCCGAAACACCAAGGUCGUGUUGCGCUCGGUUGUGGCAGCAAUGUUGUGGAUUCGUUCUACAUGGUCAAAGCCCUUCCCCGGCCCGGAGAGAAAGGUUUCUUUCAAGACCCAACCAAGGUGCUGGAGGCCGAGUAUGUUGGUGGCGUGACAUUGAACCAUCUGUGUUGGGCCCAGCUGCUAGGGACACCGACGGGCCUGCUCGCACUCCAGGGCACGGAUCACCACGGCAAGCUAAUUCGGCAGGAGCUUGACAAGAUGGGCGUUGCAACGAAAUUCAUCGAGGUGAAAGAUUCGUACACAACUGCCCAGUCGCUGGUGUUUGUGGAAGAAGGUGGUGAACGGAGUAUCAUUAUGGCCAAAGGUGCCACAUCCCAAAUUAACAAGGAGCAAGUUGCUGAAUCAUUUGGUGGCGCCAUAGCAAGUUCAGCCAGUCUGGUGUCCACGGAGAUAUCGCAGGUUCCGCUCAGCGGCGUGCUGGAGCUGAUUCGACUUGCUCGUGAGAACGGCAUCCCGUCUGUUGUCGACCUGGAUGUUUCGCCGGACGUUGCUGUACACGAAGCCUUGCUUGGCACCAAGGAGGAGUUCGUUGAAGUUUGCCGCAGCGCUGAUGUACUCAAGCCAGCGAGGCAUGCUGCCGAAGGUGCUCUCAAGCUGAUUGCUCCGCACAUGAGCAUGAUGGAUAUUGAGUCGAUGGACACAAUGCAGCUAUCGGCGCUGCUCAGACAGCUGUGCGACUCGCGUCUUAUUGCCAUGACGGACGGCCUCGCGCCGUCUUGCUUUGUCACCGAGUCGCAUGCUGUCAGUGUAGCACCCGUGAAGCUGGACAGAGUGGUAGAUGCCACGGGAGCGGGUGAUGCUUUCCUUGGAGGACUGAUUGCCACCAUGAACACCCUGGGUAAAAUACCUAGCUCGCGCGAAGAACUGACGCAGUGCGGGACUGUUGCGAACCGCUUGGGCAGUGCCUGCUGUCGAGUCCUUGGAGCUGUGCCAACGGCAGAAACGAGGGAGCAUGUUCAAGAUCUAAUCGUUGAGCAGAAAUCAACCUCUGCGGACGCUCCAGCGCAACCAUCUACAGGGGUGGCUAGUGCAUCCAAGAAUUUUCAUCCUACAAUUCACCAAAGUCUUCUCUCCGACAUCGAGGCCGUUAACAGUGUGAUCGGCUCAACAUCCUAUGCCAGGAUUUCUGAACUCAGUGACAAGCUUAUAGCCUGCAGGGGAAGUGUGCUCAUUUCAGGAGUAGGAAAAUCCGGCCUUGUAGCUCGCCGCUUGGCAGCAACGCUGAGCUCGAUCAGCGUGCCGUGUGAAUUUGUCCACGCCACCGAGUUUCACCAUGGCGAUCUAGGCAAGGUCAGCAAGGAUAGCAUUGUCAUGUUGGUGUCACACAGCGGGAACACGGCCGAGACGGUCGCUCUGUGCGAUGAACUGAAGCAGCGUGGCGCCAGCAUUGUGGCAUUGACCUCAAAUCCAGAUUCCCGUCUGGCCCAGCUCGUCGAGCCGUGCAACGUGGUGGCGUACGGACCAUGCAGCCUGACCGAACCCGCCGGCGGCGUUCCAACAGCCAGUCUAAUUGCUCAGGAGUCACUCGUCAACUGCAUCACCAAUGACAUCAUAACCAAGACCAAAUUCGACGCUGGCCGUUUCCGGGGCAACCACCCUGGCGGCGCACUGGGCGCAUCUCUGCCAAAGUCCUGAGCGGCUUUGUCGUGGCGGCAAGCAUCCGUUUUCCUACUACGCGCUAUACCACGCGACGGAAUCGAGUUUUAUCAUUGCAUGCGUGUGAGUGUAUGCCUGGAACUGCAGGUCCAGUUUCCAGGUGUUUACCGAUGUUUUCAUUGUCCUGUUUCCGUACUCUAUGCAGGGACGGUUUAAAAGACUGAUCACCUGCUCUAGUGUUACCUUCUAUUCUAAACAUUACGUUGAAGUACUCGUCGGUUGAGCCUGAUAGCAUACAUCAGCAGGAGUAUGUAAUGUAUUGAGAGCAACGUUAAACGCAAUACCGGCAUGGUUUUACUCAUUUAAAUGUAUUUUGAACCGCCUGUUGGCAGCUGAGCUGCAUCUCAAACUUUGGAAUAUACAUUGUAGAUGGGUGCUUGUGUCCCUGUGGAAGCGGGGAAGGUCAAAAUGACUUCGUACAUUUUCUAACUUCACCCUGUAGAAUUUCCUUUUGCCGACCUGGUGUGAA